ACCAACGUAAACACCACCAGCCACCCUCCUCCUCCUCCUCCUUUUCUUCCUCAUUUCCCGUUCUCGGCUCUGCAGAAGCGCCAAAGCAUGCGAAAAUGAACAGCACGGUUCGCAGCGAGGACCAGUAUUAUGAAAAGAUAACAUCGAUUCAACAGAGCAUGCAUGAAAGGGAGAAACGGAGGCAGGAGCUGGAGAGAGAACUGUUUGCUUACUCCAGAUCUGAUAAAAGAAUCUCACAGAUAAAGUGUUCCAAACUGCGCAGUUAUCUCAAGGAAAUCAGUGACAGGGAAGCACAAGCGAAAAUGAGAAACCUUGAGCUUCUGAGAGAUGUGGAGUGCAUAGAAAUUAGCAUGAAGGAAUAUAGUCCUGACCAUGGCCCCCUGCAACAACAAAAGGCUGACUUAUUCCAAAGGAUUUCCAGAUUUAUGGAAGCAAGAAAGAAAAUGGAGCGAGACCUUGACGUAGCAAAGGUUGAAGCUGUGCAUAGACAGCACCAGGGCAGCGUCCUUUCUCACCCAGCCAAGGAUUUUACAAAACCACCAGUGGUAAUUUUAAUGGGCUACGAGACCUUCAGACAGCCUGACGCUGAAACCGGCACCACAAGUGUACACUCACACCAAGCAUUGCAUCGUUCACCCAAUCGCAGCAUGCACUCCCGCGAACGUCUACGAAGUGGCCUUUUGAAGGACUUCAGAGUUGGCGGAGAGGAUGCCGCCAGCAGCCGAGCACAUUUAUCAGAUGACAUUUCAGGCUCAAACGAUUCCCCUGACGGCUGUAAUUUGAGUGACAAACAUGAUAGAACGGUAGCGGUGCUCCCAUCUGUUCGUGCCUUAGCAGGUGCAGCUGGAAAUGUGCCAUUAGGAAGUGAUGAUGAACAAGAACCGUCACCUCUGGUGACCUUGACGGGGCCUGAGAAGAAUACGUCUCCCGGCAGCAGUAGCCUGAUGAAGGCUAAGAAUUCCUUUGCAGAACUCAACAACUCCCAAGAUGGAGAGAGUGUUCUGAGCCAUUUGAUGCCUGAAACUUCUUUUGGAAAAGAAACUCAAGAUGCACCAGGUAGAGUGUGUGAGAGUGUCAGCACACCAAGCUCUGAUGUGCAGUUGUCAGAGAGCAAUGAUCGUGACCUGUCUAUUUCCCUGACACAAUCUGAGCUGGAAGAGGAUCUACCAGAGGGUGUGGCACCUGAGAGGAAUGCCACUUCUGGACGUAUUGAUGAUCACAAUCAGCACAGUCCUGAAUCAUCCCUCCUCUCUGAUUGGUCCAAUAACAAACCAAAGUUAAACUGUGAAUCAGCUCCCACGGUGACAUUUGAAAGUCUCUCCCAGGAAGGACUCUUUAACCUGCUAGAUAACAUCGAAGGACAACUGGAUGGUGAACAAACCCGUGUGUAUGGGGAUUCUCCAAUUGAUGGAAGACAACUGACUAGAAUUAUCAGCCUUUGUAACAGUGGAGCAGGCUUGAAUGACGAGGACCUUGAAGCAUGUGGAGCAGUCAUCCUUCAUGAGCUUCAGAGGUUGUCAUGGAGCACAGCAAAGGGCUGUCUGCUACCACAGGAUCUAGUGGGUGCUCACCAGUCCAUCACUGAGCCUAAUGAAAUAAGCACCAGCCUCCCUCCUGAUGCUGCUCGGCUGUGGGAUCGCUGGUUCAAGCACGCCCUCCUGCUCAAGGAGCGCCAUGUCCUCAGCACUGAGCGCUUGGUCCAGCUGUUCACGCCGCUGCUGCUGGAGCGCCAUGCCACCUACGGCCACCAGGCCAAAGUGCUGCUGAGGACACUUGUGUCCCGGUCCAGUGAGGAGUGCCCCUCAGCAGAGGACGAGAGUGACUUGUCUUCUUCGUGUGGUCCUCCUCCUCUCCUGGCUGACGGCGAUGUGAAGCCUGCCAGGCCAGUACAGAAGCAACAGAUCCAAGAACUACAAAGUACUGAAGAGGACAGCCAGGACGAAAGCCCUGUGGAAAGUGUUCCUAUUAGAGAGACAAAAGCAUAUCAAUUACUUAAACAAUCAGCCAUGCAGGACAGGCUGCAGAGUUCUGAAGAAGAGGUAGAGGAGGAGGACGACGAUGGCCUCUCAGGAAUAAAUCAUGGCCAUGAAGAGGACCAGGGGAGGGCCAAACGCUCCUCACAUCAAGACCCUUACCCUCGGAAAGAGAAGACGAACUCCAAGGCUCAUUCUGUUCUACCGUCAAAAGCUUUCUGGGGGGAAUCAGACGACAGCAACUCAGAGAUUGAAGCAGCCUUGCGUCCUCGACCUUUCAACACAAACACCAAUGACAUUGAUGACUUCUGUGACUGAUAUAUCCCUGCAGAUAUUUUUUAAAUGCACUAUAUUAUAUCACUGCAACAUUUCAGGCAGUUUGGCUCACAGUAAUUCACCCCCUGACCAUUAUUUUAGUGGUCUGCAUUGUAAAUCAUAUGCACACUGUAUCGUAAAAACAAAUAAUAAAGUUGACAGCUCUCACGCUGGGUAAAGUAUGUGAAGAGUUGUCCAACACUCUGAUGUUAA